UUCGACUUAGCAGUCAUGGAGUCAAAAAGUGGCAAAGAGGACGUCGGCUCCAGCCUCUGGUUUCCGGAAAAGAAGCCAAAGUUCCCGAGACUUUUGUGUCUCCUUAUCGUGACCUGUGUUCUGCUCCUCGUGUCCCUUUUGGUGCUCUACGACCACGAACGCUGCGCCAAACGACGCGAGCUAAUCCCGAGAUAUGACCCGUGGAAUGGAAACGCGAGCGAAAUUGCCCAAGCCAAGAGCAGAAACAACAAAGAGCUGUCCCCUGAUGAAAAUUCGGCGUCGCACUUGCAGAGGAAUCUUCCUCAAGUGGUGGCAAUUGGCGUCCGCGACGGCGGCUAUGAGUUGCUUUUGAAACUUUUAGGAGAGCACCCGAGCAUCAAAACGGUGAAUCAGUCGACUGGCUUUUUCGAGAGCGACAGCAAAUUUGCACGGGGGCUUGAUUGGUACGAAGCCCAGAUGCCGCAACUUUCUCAAGGGCAAGUCUUGGUAGAAGUUUCGCCAGACGCGUUUUCGCGCCACAAAAUUCUCGAGAGGGUCCAUCUCAUGAGCCCUAACUCUAAACUCCUGAUUGUCUUGAGAGAUCCUCUUGAACGUGUGCUACUGAGAGUGCCAGAAAAUUUACCGAGGCAUCCCGUCGCAAGGCAGAAGGAAAUCAAGAAAAUCGUGGAUGGCGUUGAAGUUGGAAAGUAUUCGAGGAACCUCAAAAAUGCUAUGCAAAUUUUUCCAAAGGAGAAAAUUCACGUCGUUCCUUUUGAAAAGCUAAUCAAAUCGCCCGUUGAGGAGUUGAAAAAAGUUUGCCGGUUUAUGGGAGUUGACGACAGCAUUUACAACGAUAAGGUCGAGGAAGAAAUUUACCAAAAAGUCUCCGACAGCUACGAAAAGGACAAGAAAGUCGUGGAAACUUUCCGAAGGCGUUGCGUUCCCAGAUGCUUUAAACGCAUCCAAAUCGAGUCCAGGAAAACUUACAACCACCUUAUCCACGAACUGUCUUUGCUCACAGGAGACGAAUUUUUCAAAACUUGGCUCUAUUGAAUUUUUAAAUUCUACAUUCAACCUAUACUAACAUUAAAAAAUAUAUUAACUCAUGCAAACCUUAUGAAAAGCGUUCUUCUCUCUUCGAACUUUUUGCAAUAAAUGAACUGUCCGCGCAGAGUGAGUUUAACUAACUGUCAUUAUCGCCGCUCGUCCGCAAUCCAUUUGUCAUAUACGUAAUUGAAAUCUAAAUGCAGUGAACUGGCACGCCGCUCGUGGGAGCACUCAGAUGUGCGUGAAUAAUUAAAUCUGCUGUAAUGGAAAUCCAUUAUGCUCUGCACCCCAAACUCAACUCUGAUCAAAGUAUGGGAGAUGAUCAGAAGAUAUCUUGCAAUUGAAUAUUUUAUAUCCUGUCAUACACAAAAAAAAAACAAUAAAAAUUAUUGCAGCAGUUCA